AUGGCGACUGACGAUAUCGACCUCGCGCUUGAAGGCAUCGCAGCGAAGAUCCAGGAGCUGGUGGAGAGGAAGUCCCUCCAGCUCGACGUCUCCCACGCGCUCGCGGGGGUGCAGGCCGUGAGGGCACGCUUCGCUCAGAAGCCUCGGCUGCCAGUGGCCCCGCCACCUGUUGGCAGUCCUGCAGCGCAGGAUGGCGAGCUACCGGGCCAGCUCGCGGGGAUCAAAAAGAUUCCUGUCCCCUCCCUCGCACAGGUGCUGGCCAAGGAGCGCGCUGGCGAGUUCCCGUCCCGCGACCUGGCGGCGACGCUCUCAGCCACCACACCCUUGGCAACCAAAGAGGCCCCGGCGGAGCGCGCACCGGCCCCUGCGCCAUCGCCGAUGGCGGCCGCGGCCCCGGGCCUACCUACCAGAUGGGCGGCGGCGGUCGACCCGAACAGCGGCCACACCUACCACUACAACACAGGCAAGGGCAAAACUCAAUGGGAGUGGUCGGACACGGCAUCGGCUCCGCGCAGCCGCAGCCCGCGCCGGAGCCGGCUGAGCCGCUGGGGUGCUCCUGGCACGGCCAUGCCGGGGCCGGAGCCGGCCGAGCAGAACCACAACACUUUCGCGGACCUCGCCAUUCAGCUGCACGCGGCCCCCCCUGGCCACCAUUAG